AUGAUCGAUCGCUUGCGUUAUUUCUCAGAUUGGCAUCGUGCAAAAAGGGCUUUCGCGUUGUGUCUCAGAUUUCGAGACAAACUGUAUCAGAAAUAUGUUCAUACUAGGAAUACACACAAUGACGAGAGACAGAAACAACAUUCUCAAUCUCAAUCUUUUUCCCAUUAUCAGUCUCCUUCUGUUUCGGAGUUGCAGGCUGCAGAACUACAAAUACUUAAACUCUUACAAUCUAUGCACUUUAAGCAUGAAAUUGCUACCCUGAAAAGGAAUAGUGUUCGAGGUUCUAAUGAUAGGAAUACUCUUAAAAAUCACCGCAAGAUUCUUCAGGGAGAGUCUCAUUUGCUACGGCUAGAUCCUUUCCUAGAUCAAGAUGGUAUCAUUAGAGUUGGUGGUCGAAUCAGACAGCUUGAUGUCCCUAGCAAUGUUAAACACCCAAUCAUUGUGCCCAAAGGAGGUCACAUUACAGACCUAAUAAUAAGACAUUUUCAUCAAAGGGUAUACCACCAAGGGCGUGGCAUCACUAUUAAUGAGAUUCGAGAUCAUGGCCUUUGGAUCAUUGGUAUCAGUUCAGGUGUUUCCUCAGUAAUAUAUAAGUGUGUCACAUGUCGUAGGCUUAGAGGCAUGGUUCAAAAUCAGAAAAUGUCCGACCUCCCGACUGACCGUUUAGAACCUGCUCCUCCCUUUACCUACUGUGCAGUGGAUUAUUUUGGUCCAAUUUUGAUUAAAGAUGGGAGAAAGGAGUUGAAAAGGUAUGGGGUACUGUUUACAUGUCUCUUGUGUAGAGCAGUUCACGUUGAGACUGCAAAUACGUUAGAAACCGAUUUAUUCAUAAAUUGCCUUCGACGUUUCAUAUCAAUACGUGGACCUACUAGGCAGUUACGCAGCGACCGAGGUACAAAUUUCGUGGGCGUUCAAAAUGAGUUUCACGAAGCUGCAUCAAAAUUAGAUUCGGAACGUAUUCAGGAAUAUUUAUUAAAGGAGAAUUGCGACCUAAUUGAUUUUGAGAUGAACGUACCCUCGGCAAGUCACAUGGGUGGCGUUUGGGAACGCCAGAUUAGGUCGGUUAGGAAUGUUCUCGAUUCGCUGUUGUUAGAGCACGGUACAAAUUUAGAUGACGAGAGCUUAAGGACCUUCUUAUGCGAAGCUUCAGCUAUUGUUAAUAGUAGGCCACUCACUGUAGACAGUUUGAAUGAUCCACUUUCACCCACACCUUUGACCCCUAAUCAUCUGUUAACGAAGAAAUCCAAGGUCAUCUUACCCCCACCUGCGAACUUUCAACGUGUUGACCUUUACUCAAGGAAACGUUGGCGGCGGGUACAGUAUUUAGUAGAUCAAUUCUGGGUUAGAUGGAAAAGUAAAUUUCUGCAGAAUCUGCAAACGCGGAAUAAGUGGCAUUUUCGUAAACGUAAUGUUCAAAUAGGUGAUAUAGUGUUACUGAAGGAUGAUAACCUUCCGCGAAAUCAGUGGCGUUUGGGUCGAGUCGUAGAAACGACAACAGAUACUGAUGGUCUUGUUCGAAAUGUUAAACUUGCUUUACCACCUGUAGGCUCGGGGAAACAAUCGAGUUUAGUGUACUUUGAGAGACCAAUUCACAAACUGAUUAUUUUGUUGGAGACUGAAGAAGUGCCCGUCGGGAAGCCAUAG